AUGGAGAAGAGUCUUCUUCCUGGAACUAACGAUCUCAUAAUGGCAAGCCCUCCCAGUUCAUACCAGCAAGAAGCUUUGACCCCACCUAGAUCUAACCACUCGUCCUCGCUCAAACCUAACCAGGUGGGACGGGUCAUCCUGUACGGAGUACCCAUUGUCUCACUGGUUAUUGACCACCAGGAGCGUCUGUGCCUGGCCCAGAUCUCUAACACAUUACUGAAGAACUACAGCUACAAUGAGAUUCACAACCGUCGUGUGGCCCUGGGCAUCACGUGUGUGCAGUGCACUCCAGUGCAGCUGGAGAUUUUGCGGCGGGCAGGCGCUAUGCCAAUCUCUUCCCGCCGGUGCGGCAUGAUCACAAAGCGUGAGGCCGAGCGACUCUGCAAGUCUUUUCUGGGAGAAAACUCACCGCCCAAGCUGCCUGAUAACUUUGCAUUUGAUGUGUCUCAUGAGUGUGCUUGGGGCUGCCGUGGCAGCUUCAUUCCCGCCCGCUACAACAGCUCCAGGGCCAAGUGCAUCAAGUGUUCCUACUGCAACAUGUACUUCUCACCAAACAAAUUCAUCUUUCACUCUCACCGCAUGCCCGAGGCCAAGUACACCCAGCCUGAUGCCGCCAACUUCAACUCCUGGCGCAGACACCUCAAGCUGACAGACAAGACACCCCAAGAUGACUUGAUGUUUGCAUGGGAGGAUGUGAAAGCCAUGUUUAACGGAGGAAGCCGCAAGCGGGCACUACCUUCUAGCCACUGCCCAACCAUGGACUCUGUAAAGUCUGUUCGUUCUGUGCUGCCCCACAUGAUAUCUUCUGAUCUGGGCCAGAAAAGAGGUCGGUAUGAUGAUGAGGAGGAUUUAGAUGCCAGCAGCCUUUCACCUCACAAGAACCCACGUAGUUACCCAGUCAUUCCUGUGCCCAGCAAAGGCUUUGGGAUGCUUCAGAAAUUCCCACCCACCUCACUAUUCCCAAGCCCUUAUACUUUUCCAGCUUUUGGUUUGUGCCAGCAGAAAAAAGACGAUAAUGAGGUAGCAAAUGGGCAGAAAAAUGGAGGCCUGUCAGGUUUGCUCUGGCCAGGCCGUAAGGACACUUUUUACCCACCAUUCUGCAUGUUUUGGCCACCAAGAGCAACAGGGGGCAUCCCAAUGCCCACAUACCUCCAGCCACAACCCAAUGCCCUGUCCACUCUUACAGAAGCACCCUCUCUUCGACAGGCCUUUCUAGACCUGACUGAACAAGGUGAUGCCAGCACUGGAGCUGCGACGGGAACUGGUACCGGUAUUACUGGGAACCCUAGAUCAGGGCUGUUUGAAAAUGAGUGCCCCGCAACCAUUACCCCUGAUUUGCGACCCGCACCAGAAGGCUGGCUCAAACUUCUGGAUGCUUCAUCUCUUCAAGCCCGCAAGGCCAGCUACCACUCUGCCUUUCGGCCUGUAGUAAAGGAUGCUGAGAGUAUUGCCAAGCUACAUGGUAACCUGGAGGACUUUGGUGCUGAGAGACAUUUAUCACCAGGUACUAGCUGCAGUUACCAGAGCGAGAGUGCAGAGAGCGAAGAGGAGCAGGAAGUGGAUGUGGAAACCAAGCAGGAUGAAGAACAGGAAGACUUCAGCAGCCGGGCACCAUCGCAGCAGCAACAGCAGCAACUAUGCAGCCUUCAUGUGGCACGACUCACUGAAGGCAGCACAAGCGAUCGGGAAAAAGACUUGCCCUCCUUCCCUACCAUCCCCACUGAAAUCUCGACAGAGGAAAAAUCCAGCCUGGCUGUCAGUUCGCCCACAUCUCUGAAAGUCCCCAGCCCCGUGCACACUUCAGCGGAGGACACCGCCGCCUACAAAAAUUCACACAAGAACAGAGAUGAGGGGCUGCCAGCAUAUGCGACGAAAGACAAAAUGCGACCAGCAGAAGAAAACAAAGAACAGGGCAAUUUUUUCAUGCCAGAGACAGAAACGUCUGCACCAGAUUACUGGCGAGAGAACACAGCGUCUGAACAAAAUCAAGACUCACAUUCCCCUGCCUCGCUCAAAAAAGGCGUCGAAAACAUGGAGAAAGAGGAACUUCAAAAAGUUCUCCUUGAGCAGAUUGAUUUACGGAGACGACUGGAGCAGGAGUUUCAUGUUUUUAAAGGCAGCUCGCCGUUUCCUGUUUUCCACAACUUUCAAGAUCAGAUGAAAAGAGAACUGGCGUACAGAGAGGAAAUGGUGCAGCAGCUACAGAUGAUUCCCUAUGCAAACAUUAUCAGAAAAGAAAAAGUUGUUACACACCUGAACAAAAGCUAAAUGGUCAGACUGCUGCAAUAUUUCAUAUGGAAACCUUACCGGUUGCUCUCAGUCCUUUGAUUACAUUAUCUGGG